CACCCAUUCUCUGUUUAGACUGUUUUCCUUGUUAUUCCCCCUUCUUCUUCUCCUCCUCCCCCAAUUCUUGGUUCGACGACAUGAGGAGAGGAGUUGAAGAAGCAGAAAUUGAUCGGCUGCCCAGUGAUUUAUUAGCCCAUAUCUUUUCGCUGAUCACUUGCUUCAAAGAUUUGGCUCAGGCUAGUAGGGUUUGCAGGAAAUGGAAGCAGGGGGUGGAGGAGUCUUUGGCCCGGAGAGAGAAGCUGAGUUUUUCAGGGUGGAAAAUGGAUGAUGAGUCCACCACGCGACUGGUGUUCUUGGCUUACAGUCUCAAGGAGCUUGACAUAUCGAGGAGUCGAUGGGGUUGUCAAAUAACUGAUUAUGGGCUUCUCCAAUUGUCCAUGGCAAAAUGUGUUGGCAAUCUAUCUUCAGUUUCUCUGUGGGGUUCAACUGGAAUCACGGAUAAAGGAGUUAUUCAACUGAUCUCCAGGGCUACUUCUCUAGAACACCUCAACAUUGGUGGUACAUUUAUCACCGAUGCAUCCCUGUUUGCCAUUGCAGAUAGCUGUCCUCGUCUGAAGAGUCUUGUUUUGUGGGGGUGUCGACAAGUAACAGAGGAUGGACUUAUCACUGUUGUAAAUAAAUGCCGUAAACUAGAGUCCAUCAAUGUGUGGGGUAUGAGGGUGCCCCUCAACUGCUUCGUCGCCCUGCUCACGAUUAAGCCAGCCCUUCAAAUUCAGCCUAAAGGAGUUGUGUUGCACGAGGAUAGGUUCCCUAUUUGGCCUAUCUACUGACAAAGCAAUCUUUUUGUACAGAAGAAACUGCAUAUAUUUCUCAAAUUUAUUGGUGAUCGAUCACAAUGGCGUGUACAGGUUGAUCAACCUUGUAUUUAUAGAUUCAGGAAAAAAUAAAAAAUAAAACUUGUGAGCUAUUAGAGAGUGAUUUUUCAGUUUUUAUCUUCGCUGGGAAUGACUGAUUUUAUGGUUGGAUUGUGGUUGUGGUCGGGCCAGUUUACCUUUUCAUGCCUAAGUAUUGAUGUAUGUGCUGUAUAAAAGAUCCAAUUCAAUAAAGUAUUGCUUAAUC